GAGGAAGCGCGGGGCCCGGAUGCCCCCCCCCGCCAUGGAGGACCUGCACCUGCACUACAGGUUCCUGAACUGGCGGCGGCGGAUCCGGGAGAUCCGGGAGGUGCGGGAGGUGCGGGCCGGGCACUGCCAGGAGCGCGCCCGCCACAUUCUGGUGGACGGCGACACGCUGAGUUACCACGGCAGCUCUGGCGAGGUCGGCUGUUACGUGGCCCCACGACCCCUCACCAGGGACAACAACUACUUUGAGGUGUCCAUCGUGGACAGCGGUGUGCGGGGCACCAUCGCCGUGGGGCUGGUCCCACAGCACUACAGCCUGGACCACCAGCCUGGCUGGCUGCCCGACUCCGUGGCUUACCACGCCGAUGACGGCAAGCUGUACAGCGGCCGUGCCAAGGGCCGGCAGGUGGGCAGCAAGUGCAGCUCCGGCGACCGCAUUGGCUGCGGCAUCGAGCGCGGCUCCUUCGAGGUGCCCACGGCACAGGUGUUCUUCACCCAGAACGGCAGGAGGGUGGGCAGCGUGUGCGUGCGGCGGGCGGGCGCGGGGCUGUUCCCGGCCGUGGGGAUGCACUCGCCGGGGGAGGAGGUUCGGCUGCACCUCGAGGCCGCGGCCGGUGCCGACGAGGCCGCCAUGAUGGUGGACAGCGGCGAGGAGGAGUGGGGACGGCUGCACGACGUGCGGGCCUGCGGCACGCUGCUGGAGUACGUGGGGCAGGGCAAGAGCAUCGUGGACGUGGGGCUGGCGCAGGCCCGGCGCCCGCUCAGCACCCGCAGCCACUACUUCGAGGUGGAGAUCGUGGACCCCGGCGAGAAAUGUUACAUUGCCCUGGGGCUGGCACGCAAGGAUUACCCCAAGAACCGGCACCCUGGCUGGAGCAGGGGCUCGGUGGCCUAUCAUGCAGAUGAUGGGAAGCUGUUCCAGGGCAGUGGAGUGGGGGAUCCCUUCGGGCCUCGCUGCUACAAAGGCGACGUGAUGGGCUGUGGCAUCAUGUUCCCCAGAGACUACGGGCAGGACAGCGAGGGUGACAGCGACGAGCCCUGCGCCCAGCGGCUGCCUGUCAGGAACGUGCUGUACCUGCCGCCCGGUGAGGAGGAGGAGGAGGAGGUGGAGGAGGAGGAGGAGGAGGAGGAAGAGGAGGAGGAAGAGGAGGAAGAACAUGAGGGGAGGAAGGUCGUGGUGUUCUUCACCCGCAACGGGCAGGUCCUGGGCCGGCGCCAGGCGCGGGUGCCGCCAGGGGGCUGGUUCCCCACCGUGGGCAUGCUCAGCGCUGGCGAGAAGGUGCGUGUGGACCUGCACCCCCUCAGCGGCUGAGGGCACCCCAGAACCCCCCCUGCACCCCCUGAACUGCUAGGGGGACCCCAAAACCCCCUCUGCACCCCCUCAGUGGCUGAAGGCACCCCAAAGCCCCCCAAGCAUGCCUUUAGUGGGUAUGGGGGUCCCACCCAAACCCCCCCCCGGGUACACUCUGCACUCCCUCAUAGAGCUGGGGGGCCCCCAAAACACCCCAGGACGCUGUUUCACCCCCCUGGGGUCCCUCAUACCCCCUCAGGGCCUGAGACCCCCCCAGCCCCCCUCAGUGAGUAGGAAAGACCCCCUGGGACCCCCUUGCACCCCGAAAGCAGGUCGAGGGGGGCACAGGAGGCCCCCCCAUGCACUUUAAAGCUCCCUCCCCCCCCCAUAGUGAGGUGCCCCCCUGUUAUUUUGGGGGGGGGUCUGGUUUAAGCAGGAGGUGUUUUCCCCCGUGGUGUCACUUGGUGAAUGUAACAACCUUCUCCCCUCAGAAUCUUCCCCCUCCGUGCUGGGUCCCUGUGCCCUGCCCCCCCCAGGACCCUCUCCCCAUCCCGGGGGUCCCUGUGCACAGUUUUACAAGGGGGGGGAGUUCCAUAUCCCCUCCCCCCCCCCCCAACCUCUCUGCAUCGACUGUUGUGCCCAUAAAGCUGUUCCUACA